AUGUCCGUCAAUAUCGACACCUUCACCGAUGAUCUCGUCGACAACAUUAUGGGAGACAGAGACUUUACAGACUUUGGGAAUGAUUCAAACUCGGGGCAAUCCGAUGGUAACGAUGGGAAUGAUAAUCCUUCUGGUGGUGCCAUCAACACCAGCCAAGUCUUCAAUGACAGCAACGAAUUGAUCGGAUUCCAAUGUGCUCGAGUAUUGGAAAACAAUCCCAAUUUAGUGGACAUUCCACUGCUAUUUUACAUCGAUAUGAAGUUUCCAAAGGGAAGUGAAGCAGUCGCUAAAAAGAGAGUACAAACGGAACUUUUGAUGGCGAUUGCACGAGACUUUCGAAUCACUACCGGCAAAGCGUGCACGGACCCCCCACCGAAUGGUAUCAGCUGGUUGGUAGCCAUUAAAAGCGACACGGACCAAUUGGAGCAAGACGAAACCUUUCCAAAGUGCCGUCAAUUAGAGUUCAUAGAAGCAACCGAAGACUGCUUUGUGUAUUCCUUCGAACUUACUGGGAACGUCCUAACGGGAAAGACAAUGCCCGAUGUGGAAGCCGUUGUAGAAUCACUGUUUGUCAACCAAGUAGAAAAGACACUAGGUUCCGACUUUGGCGUCAAGUUCUUGGGAAUUCCGAAAUACGAAGAUGGUGCUGAUGAUAAGACUAUCAACAUCCCACCCUCCAAUCUCGAGGAUAUAGAGCAAGGGAACAAUCCCAUCAAUCGUCAGACCAUUACGAUUGUGGGAGGCUUUCUGGUGGCAGCCUUUUGUCUGGCUACUGCUGGAAUCCUUCUUGUUCUCUAUAGAAGACGCAAGAUAACGCAACUCAAGGAACAACAAGAACUCGAACGGAGUCCAAAACAACAUUUUUCCCACGACACCGAAGACGAAGACUAUGACCAUGAAGUGCCUGAUCAACAUCUUCAUGCUCUUGAUCUAGGCAACUCCUUCAACCAACAAGUCUUGGGUGCUCACACGCCAACCAAUGCUAGUAGGACUCACAACAAUGGUGCCAACAGAGGUCCAGCGAAAUAUCUCACUAAUGUCAAUCCCAACCAAGGUCCCUAUUCACACUUUUAUGGACAACAAGCUGCGGGCGCACAUCGCCGGAAUCAUUCCAAUCAAUCGGAUCUCAUGUCGCAGAGUACGGUGGAUUCUUGGGCUCAGACCAAUGCUACUAUUGGAAGUCUCGAAUUGCAAUUGGAACCAAUCACUGGAGAAAUAUAA